CCUCUCCUUGGGGAGACCCCCAUCCUCCGCUCCUGGGGGGGCCUCCCUAACCCCCCCCCAAUCCCUUGGGCCCCAGCUCCCCUGUCAGCGAGGACCGUGCCUGUACUUCCUGGGGGGAACCUCCUAGAAGACCCCAGCCAUCGGGGGAGCACCCCAGUACUCCCCCAUCCAGCAAAGGCCUGUUCCUGGAGCCCUGUUAAACGCACACUCCCAGGGGAGUGCUCCAGCAACCCCCCCACCCCAGGGAGCAACGCUUCCCUCAGUGCCUCAGAGAGGAGACACCCCCCCAGUUAACCCCAUUUGGGAAGACACCUCCUCCUCCUAGGGGAGUGAUCUCCCCAAACACCCCUUUCUCAGUGGAGCAUGGCCCAGCAUCUCCCUUAGAGGGAGAUCUCUCCCUCCCCCCAUCUCUAGGGAUGAACCCCCCCCCCAGCAUCCUCUCAUCACAGCAGAGCCCCCCUGAUCCUCCCACAGGGGACACCUGCACAGCAUUCCCCGCAUCCUCAGGGAAGGGAAGCCCACCACUCAUUCCUAGGGAGUGUUCCCAGGAACUAGCUUUCAGGCUUUCUUAGUGUAGCAAAUAACCCCCCUGCCAUAUAUCCCCCUCCCAAGGUGUCUCCGGGGGAGGAUUUCUGCACUCUUCAAAGGUCCUGGUUACCUACUGUAAUGUAUGACUCCAGAGAAAGACAGAAGUUCAUCAGUGAUGCUCAGUACGUGAGGGAAAUGCAACACAAGAUGGAUUCAGAGUAUCAGGCUUGCCUGAGAAGACAGGAGCAGAAUAGAGAACAAACUGAGAAGAAACGAGAGCAACAUGCCAGGCAAGAACAGAGACAGAAAACCCUAUCUUCCAUCUAUGCUACACGCAGUUAUGAAAGACCAUGGAUAUCAGGCAUACCAGUUACCAGACAGACCUCUGCAGAUGAGGGUUCUGGGUCCGCCAUCAAGUCUUCUGCAAACAGAUCAGACUCAAAAUUUCCUGCUAUAGAAAAAACAUCAAGCAAGCAAAAGCAAAAACCUCCCAUGAGCUCCAGCAAAAUAACUCCAGCUGCCCAGAAGCAGUCAUUAUUAAGGAGGAAGAGAAUGAACCAGGGAGGAUUGUUAGGAAGCCCAGACACACAGAAUCUGAGAAAAUUGGAAGACAGAGACAGACAGGCCUCGUUGCUGCAGGCAAAGGCACAAGUUACCAGCGCAUCUGAUCUAGGAGUGACAAAUGAAACUAUGCUCACGAACAAGAAGCGAUCACAAGAGAAAAGGAAUGUAAUCCAGUCUUCUAAGCUAAAUCUCGAUCGUAAAGGUCUAAACAAAGAUAGCAAAAUAGGAAAUGUCCUUCCACAGGAUCAGCAGUCUCCAACUCUAUCUUCUACAUCUACCUUGCAAGGAGCUCAUGGUUCCUUUGUCUCAAACGAGUCACAUGGUCCAUCUUUUAUACCCACUAAAAUGGCCCCUUUGAAGUUUAGAGAUGAAAACUUUUAUUCUAUGCUUUGCUUAAACAUGGAAGAGACCUGUGAAGAAAAUGAUACGAAAGAUGAUGAUUUACUAGAGAAGGAAUUCCUUUCUUUCAAUCUAAAUCACUCUCCUACUCCUCUAGAACAAAUUAGGAAAUUUAGUGGAGCAUCCUUGGCACAAGAUGAACAAUGUAACCCCGAAGAAGCUGGAGAUGAUAGAAGCAUUUCAUCAAGAAGAGUUGGAUCUUCUCAUCAACCAUUAAGACAACCCAAUGUCAUGGACACAGCUGUUGAACAGUCUUCAUUAAGGCGAAGAAACUUUAGGGACUAUGGAAAGUCUUACACUCCAGAUGGGAAUUCUUCUGUAGGUGCUGAUUGCAAUGAAAAUGAAACUCCAUUAUUUAGUUCAAGAAGCUCACGAGCUGAAAGCAGACCGGGCAGCGCACCUAUUGCUGAGACUCUUAAUAACAUUAGCUCUAUAGAUAGGCCUAGCGUCAAUAUUUAUAACAGAGAAUUGCAAGACUAUGAAAGCAACCAGAGGCGUUAUACUGAUCUCCUUACUUCUGCAAGGUCAACAGUUCAUAGACCAUUAUUGCAUUCUGCAUAUAAUCCUCCAAGAUCAUUAAUACAAUCUGCUCAUAGAGCUGAGGUCUCAACAAAUUUGAGCUCGACAACUGUAUCAUCUCAAGUAUUGGAUUUGGAUGGAAGUUCAAGGUUUAAUGUCCGUAGACCCUUGUCUCCUAUAAGAAAUAGAGAUUCUUUUUCUGCUACAGGAAGUUAUGAAUCUUCAUCACCUAUAGUCAGUACACCUGAAGAUAAUAGCCUACUGGAUGAUAGUAUAGAUAAUGGUUUAAAGAGUACAUCUGCAAAUGCUGCCUUACAUGAUGAAGAGAACUUACUAAAUUCACAUAGUUCUUUUUUAUCUAUAGAUUCUUCCAGCCCAUCUUUGUUUCAAACGAAUUUCACAGCCCACCUUCACAUGGCUGGCACAUUACAUGAUCAAUUACCACUUGCUUUGCUGGCAGUGUCUGAUUUACAAAAUCAAAGUAGUGCUAUGAGCAGCAUUACAGCAUGUGAUACCACAAGUGCAAAGGAAAUAAACAAACAUGCAGACCCAGAGAAGCUUAAGAAACUGCAGGAGAGUCUACUGGCAGAAGACUCAGAAGAGGAAGGAGACCAAUGUCGGAUAUGUCAGAUUGCUGGGGGCUCUUUAACCAAUCCACUGGUAGAACCAUGUGGGUGCGUAGGAACCCUACAGUUUGUUCAUCAGGAAUGUCUAAAAACGUGGCUGAAAGCGAAGAUAAAAUCAGGUGCUGAGCUGGGGGCAGUGAAAACCUGUGAACUGUGUAAGCAGAGCCUGAUAGCUGAUCUGGAUGAUUUUGAUGUGAAUGACUAUUACAGAAAUCACCAACAGUCUCGGGCACAAAGUGAGCUAAUGAAUUCAGGUCUCUACCUUGUGCUGCUCCUUCACCUUUAUGAACAGAGGUUUGCAGAACUCAUGCGACUAAACUACAAUCAAGCCAGUAGAGACAGGCUCUCAAGACAGCCUAGAGCAGAGGAAAAUGAAAGUAGGUUUUUGGAGUUCAGAAUCACUUCAGAGAUUCUUGCUUAUUAGUUCUCAUUAAACAUGCUAACCCUCAGAUAGUGGCAGGAAGUACUAAGACCUAUACAGAUGUAGAAGUUAACAAACCAGAAAAAACGAUUUCUGGAAUUUCAAAUUGCACAAAAUAGUCAGGAAGAUUUGUAUCACACCAAUGUAUACGAAUUUUUAAUUGAAAUUACAAAAGCAAUAAGGAGAGAAAAUAAAGAAGGAAAAGCUAAUGUUUUGGCAGAAAACUUCCAUUCGGGGUGUGUGUGUGUGUGUUCUACAAUAAGAUUUUAUGCUGCAUUUAUGAGCUAUUUUUAGAACACCCAGAAGAACGAUUGGUUACUCAUUUGUUGAAGACUUCAUCCAUUUAAUAAGGCUUUUUGUUUUAUCCAUUGUUUUUGAGUGCUGACAUUUGGCUUUUCUCCUUUGGAUUGAUCAGAAAAUUUUAGUUGUCCAUGCAGGCUUAGAAAGAAACACUAAAAGUGAGACUUUGCCACACAUAAAACAAGGCAAAUAGUGAGAUUAUAUUUACGGGACUAAUCACAAGCUGUAAGAAAAUAUUUUGGUUUCACUUACAGAAGAAUCUUAAACUCUCUGGGCUAGAAUGUGGAGCUCUUACUUAAAUCUAGUGAGCAUUUAUUCAUGCAAAUAGUCCCAUUAAAGUCACCUGCGUAAAUGCUCACCAACAUGAGUAGGGGCUCCAUAGUCUGGUCUGCUGAGAACAUUUACUAUGUUCUUUUUAGUGUUUCAGAUUAAAAAUCUAAGACUAUGUCACGCCAUUGUCUUUUAGACAGUGAGCUUUAGCGCACACUAAAGGUUCCCUAGUGCCCUUUAACAAAGUUCUGUUUCAAACCGCAUUCCAUUAAAGCACACUAGAAGGUCUACAUCACAGGUAGUGAAUAGAAGGACUGCGGGCCAAAUUCGGACUGCCAGGUGCUUUAGAACAGACCGCAAAAUCUUUUAUUUACUUAUCAUCAUGAUUGUUAUUGAGGUCUGAAAAAUGUUUCUCUGCAGUCUGGACCUUGACUAUACCUUGACCAAGAAAUUUGGAUCUUGACAAAAAAUAAAUUGACUACCCCGGUCUACAUGGACCAGUUACAACGCAAUGCAUCACUGUGCUUCAGAAACAGCUAA